AUGCAGGUUUUGCAGAUCAUUUUUCUUCUAAGCCUUCCAUAUGUGUCCUCAAAGCUACACUCCUAUGAUUACUGUGUCCUUGGAGCUGGUCCUGGAGGGCUUCAGAUUGCAAAAUUUCUUGAAGAUUCUCAAAGGGACUAUGUAGUCUUUGAAAGGAACAAUAGACCUGGUAGCUUCUUUUUACAUCUUCCACGGCACCGUAAGUUAAUCAGCAUAAACAAACAAUUUACUGGUCGGAAGAACAAAGAAUUUAAUCUUCGUCAUGACUGGAAUUCUCUGCUGAGCAAAGAUGAACAAUUGCUUUUUGGGCAUUAUUCACAUGAUUUCUUUCCUCAUGCGGAUGAUAUGGUGAGGUAUUUACAAAAUUUCAGUAUUGGUAUCAAUGUGCGUUAUGGAACAGAUAUCAAAAACGUCCGGAUAGAAACCAACCCAGAAGCAUGGAACGGACACCGAUUUCUACUUCUGGAUCAAACAAGACAAGAACAUGAGUGCAAUGUCUUGCUAGUGGCCAGUGGUAUAUCUUUGCCUAAUGUGGUAAACUUUCCUGGUGCAGAAUAUACAGAAGGUUAUGAGGCUGUGUCUAUAGACCCUCACAAUUUUACUGGACAGAGUGUUCUUAUUCUGGGGCGUGGGAACUCUGCAUUUGAAACAGCUGACAAUAUUUUGGGCUAUACCAAUUUUAUACAUAUGCUUGGUCGCUCAAGAGUUCGUUUGUCUUGGUCUACACACUAUGUGGGAGAUUUAAGAGCCAUUAACAAUGGACUUUUGGACACGUACCAGUUGAAGUCCUUGGACGGGCUUUUAGAAGGCGAUAUAUCUGACCUGGCACUGGUCCACGAUGGGUCUGGAAAACUUUUUGUCACCCACAAGCAUUAUCUAAAAAAUUAUAAUAACUCUACAAAUAACAACACAAUUAAUCCAUCCUCCAUGCUUCCAAAGGAUGAUCUAGAUAAUUUUGCAGCUCGCGAACCAUAUGACCGUGUCAUUCGUUGUUUGGGAUGGAAAUUUGAUUUCUCAAUCUUUGAUAAGUCUAUUAAACUGAAGCCUGGUUUUGGCCUAAAGAAAAAAUAUCCCUUGGUAAAUGUGAACUAUGAAGCGAAAACAUACUCAAGGUUUGUUUGUGGUGGGUGCUGCCAGCCAUGGCAUUGACUUUCGCAAAUCAGCCGGUGGAUUCAUCCAUGGUUUUCGCUAUACCGCUCGAUCUGUCCAUCGAUUGACUGAAAAACGUUACCAUAAUAUCCCAUGGCCAGCAACUCUUUACCCCAUCUCCCAGCUCCUGAAUUUACUGGUCAAACGUAUGAAUGAAGGAUCGGGUAUUUACCAGAUGUUUGAAAUCUUAGCUGACUUCAUUCUUCUUGGAGAGGACGCUAACACAUUUGAAUAUUUAGAGGAAGUGCCAGUAGGCAUUCUUCCCAUGUUAGAGAAAAGCACUGGCAGGAAUGUAUACAGCACAGGUUUUUUUUGUCCUUAUUAUGGAAUAUGGAAAGAAUUUUUCAGGACCAGACAAGGAUGUCUUUCAUUAUAAUCGUGCUAUUGGAGAUGCGAAGGCAGCAUGGCAUUCCAACUUUCUUCAUCCUGUGAUUUAUUAUUACAAACAAUUGCCAACAGAGGAGCAAAUGGAGGCACGUCCAGAAAAGUGGUCUUUGCCACGUCCUGAAAAGAUUCAUCAUGUGGUGGAGGAUUUCCUUACGGACUGGACUGCACCUAGUGCUCAUCUGCUGCCACUUCGUCGUUUUCUAGAAAACUGCCUACAAACAGACCUCAGAGCUUUCUAUGCAGAUUCAUGCUUUGUGUUUCCUUUGUUGCAUGGGAAAAUACCUGCCUUCUGCCAGCUGGGUUAUCUACAGAACCAAGGACUUAUAAGGAAAGAGCAACAAAGACAUAAUUCUAAUAAGACCUACAUUGUGAGACCUGACAGAGCUGAGAUACCAUAUAAAAUGCAACAAAAGGAUGAGCUCUGA